ACGAGGGGGCAGUAAAUAUCAGACGUGUUUCCUGUUUUGAGUUGGUCGCUGCUGCUCGUGAGGAUGGAGAUGAUGUGAGUCCGCGGUGAUUCGGUUCUGCGGGAGACAUGUCUGCGAGCGCGGGAUGCUGCACGGUGCUGAUGUCGGUGCGCGUGACGGUGCGGCCGCUGUCGGUGCGCUCGGAUUCACUGCGGCUGCAGCUCAGCAUGAACACAAACCGAACCGGACUCUUCACUCUCACACUCAGACACACCGACCGCGGGGGACGCAGCGUGUCUCUGGCAGAGUUUGACCUGCGCUCGGUGAAGUAUGAGAUCAAAUCGGCUCGAUGUCACGAAAUGCGUCUCAUCAAGCCGCCCCACGACUGCCUCACGUUCACCUUCCGCAGCGAGCAGGAGGCGCAGGAGUGGGCGACUGUCAUGAUGUCAUCACUCAGAGAGUCACACAGAGUUGCCAACAUUUCUCAUUCUUCAAAUGAAGGACUGCAGAAUGUGAAGUGUGGAGAAAAAAACUUGUCGCUGUCAAUGAAAGAGGAGCUGUGUCUAGAGCUUUCUCGAGCGAUAGAGGCUGGAGAUGCUCAUGCCGCUGUGCAUUAUGCCACAGAUCUGGCCAAGCAGCAGAUUGCACUGAGCAUUCAACCAGCGCUGCAGGACACAGACGACACAGAAAUCAGCUUAGCUGUGGUAAUAGAAGAUGCAUCAUCUUCCUGUUGUGUCACAGUAAAGGUCCACCCUCACGUGACUGUAGCUUCUCUGAAGCAGCAGAUGUUUGCUGAGUAUGGUUUCCACCCCAGGGUGCAGCGCUGGGUCAUUGCUCAGUGUCUGUGCUCUGACAGCCGCUCUUUAGCGUCGUAUGGCAUCUACAGGGACGGAGACACUGCGUUUCUCUACCUGUUGUCUGCCCGUCACGCCUGCCUCGGUCGCCAGCAGGAGCAGGAGAACGGCCUGACGAUGCCGACCGCAGCAGCGCUGCCGAACGCCAGCGGCCCCGUCAGCCACGACUGGAGAGGAUACAGCACUUUACCGCCCCGCUUCAGCCACAGCAGCACAGGCAGCAGUGGGUGUGGCCCAGAGAAACCCAGUGUCAGUGACAUCAUUAAUCUCGAGAUGUUGCAACUUGGCGGAUCCAAACUGAAAUCAAGCAACACACAGUCAGGCUGGUCCUGUCCUUCUUGUACAUUCAUAAAUAAGUCUACGAGACCCGGCUGUGAAAUCUGCAGCACAGAUCGACCCAAUCCUCCGAAUCACAGCAGCGUUCAACAGGAAAAAGCAAGAAGAUCUAACCAGUGAAACUGUGCUGUAAAUACACAAACAGAGACAAAAACCCUAAGAUUAUCUCACAUUCAUUCACAUUUGAAUGACAUGUUAAGACCUACAACCAGACUCCUGAGGAUGCUAGUAGUUUUAAUUAGAGUUGACUUGCAUACAAAGCUUCAAACUCCCACAGCGACUAUGCAGCAUAUUUCACCGCUGAUUUGUUGCUUGGUUCCCCUUAAAAGGAGUUGUGACGUGGAUUUGAUUCUGAGCUUGAUUAAUACAUUCUUUGUUUAUGAUGAGGAGGAUGUUUUCAGCUAUGAAAAGCAGGAUCGAGAAACAUUUGAUUUCUCAUGUCACAAGUCCUUUAAUGGAGUGAUGUAACUGUUGAACAGUAUUAGGCAUCAGAAGUUAAACUGGUUCAUUUUAUGAGCUAACAAAAACAAAGCAGAAACCUAAUCACCUGUGGCUCUAGAUGGUACAAACUCAGUCUAUUUAGGACAAAGUGCAAGUUGCACACAAGUUUUUGUUUCAAAUGGGACAUUAUAAGAAUCUUUUAUCUUUAGUUGUUGGUUCAGAUGUGUAAUCUGAAGAAGAAAACAACACUGGUGAAACUAAAAUAUUAAACAUUCAGCAUUUCAAGCUUUAUUUUAAUGUCCUUGCUGGAAAGGAGAUAAUGCACACGUCAGAAUUUCUAGAUUUUAAUGCAUCUUACCCAUUUGCAGACGUGACUCUGCUUCUUUUGCUGCUUAUUCACAAACUCGUUUGCUGUGUACUGUAGUUUCUGCAAGUGUUUAGGAAUCUUCCUCACUCACUACACAGUGUGCAAAUCAGCGUUCAUGUCCGUUCACUGGAACUGGACAAAUAUUUGUUUUUAAUUUGUUCAUCAAGCUCUAUUUUAGGGGCUUAAGUUUUACGGUAAAUGUGACUGUAUAUCAUUUCACGAGUUCACACUUACAUAUAAUUAGCCGGAGUAUAGUAAUGCGUAUUUGGCGAGUAUGGUAAUGCGUAAUUGGCGUGCUGUCUGGGGAAGGGCUCUGAACCCAGAGUACACCCCCCCCCCACCCCGUAUAAGUGUGGUAAGAACUCAAGUGUGGAGAAGGGGCGGUGGAGGGAUGCUGAUUAACCGUCAAAUGGAUAGAGGUAUGUCAGCUGUAUUUAUACCCGUGCGUUGAUUUAACGUGAGUGCGUUCGUCUUGUGUUAAUUAGGCUAAGUAUCUGACGUGCUCCUCCCGAACUUUGUUAAUAAAACAUCAUUAUGUGACGAGGCCAGUACAUAGUGAGGAAAAAAAAAACUGAAUGAAACUUGCAUAAAUGCAUGUUAUGUUAAUUAUAUGGUCUAAUUAUUCCUUAUCUAAUUGACUGGGAAUUCUCAUUGAAGUCUGUUCAUGUUUGGAACAAACAAACAGGGUUAUUAAGUGAAUUUAUUUUUUUACAUAGCAUAUUAUUUAAUGAACAAUCUGUUGCUUUGAAUGGAAUUAUAAUUGCAUUGAAAAUGUGUGUUGUUAAUGAUUGUGUUUAAAGUCUACCUGCAUUUCACCAUGGCUUUGCUGUGAAUAAACAUAAUGAAUUGAGAAGUUUGAGUAAUCUUUAACC